AUGGCGGCACCGGGAAACAAGUUCUUCAUCGAAGAGAAGCUAUCGCAGACGGCGGCGCACCACGAGAGCUUCAAGGCGCUGUGGGAAACGAAAUGGAAACCUCUAUGCGACAUGGGCGUGUACCCGUUCAUGUUCGGGGCCACGGCGGACUUCCAGCCCGUCGUCGACACUAUCGUCAGUAAGGGGCUUCGGAGACCCUAUGAUUGGGACGAGUACGCGCAGUGCUUCUUCCCCGGCGCGGAGGCGCUUGUAGGCCGCGCGCAGGUCGCGGAAAGGGAGGGUAAUCGGGAGAAGGCGGCUGAGUUGUAUCUACGCGCAUCAGCCCUCUACCGCAUCGCGCGCUUCCCCGCGCCGCGAUCCGAGAAGCAGCGGCACGCGUGGACCAAGGGCAAAGAAGCCGCCGCGCGGGGACUUGCGCUGAAGCGACACCCGAUGGUGGAAGUCGCAAUCCCGCACGCGGCUAGUGGCGACGGACCCGUGCUCCCAGCGUUCUACCACCUGCCGGCGCAGGCGUCUAGCGCACAAAAAGCACCGCUUGUUGUCAUCUUCACGGGCCUCGAUGGCUACCGAACGGACCUGGCCGUGUGGUACGAAGGGUGGGCGCAGCUAGGUUGCGCGACGCUGGUCGUCGAGAUCCCGGGCACCGGCGACAAUCCGGGGGCGCCGGACGACGCGGCAAGCGGGGAUCGCGUGUGGAGCAGCAUGUUUGACUGGAUCGCGGGGCAGGAUGCGAUCGAUCAGAGUCGGAUUGUCAACUGGGGGUUCAGCACCGGGGGGUACUACUCGAUCCGCGUGGCGCACACUCACGCGGAUAAGUUCAGGGGGGUGGUUGCGCAGGGGGGCGGGGCGCAUUAUAUGUUCGACCCGCACUGGCUGGAUGCGGUGGAUGACUUGGAGUAUCCUUUUGAUUUGGCCCAUACGCUUUGCCAUAAAUUUGGCUAUGGUGAAGACUUCGAACGGUUCAAAAAGGAAGCCCAAGACAAGUACUCCCUGCUGAGCACUGGGGUUUUGGAUAAACCGUGCGCACGCCUUCUACUGGUGAACGGGACCGAAGACGAGAUUUUCCCGAUCGACGACUAUUACUUGUGUUUAUCACAUGGGGGCCCUAAGGAAGCUCGACUCGUGUCAGGAAGGAAACACAUGGGCGAGCCAGAGUCUUUCCACAUUAUCCUUCAAUGGAUCUUCAAGGUUCUAGAUAUUCAGGGAGAUGCGGGACGCUUUCUGUCUACCAUCCCAUUUAAGCCAAAAUAUUAA